GACCACCAUUUCCUCUUCUCCUGGCUCGUUGUCCUCGCAAAUCCGUCUGGCAAGCAGUAGUCACUUUCCACCCACUCAACCGAAAGGGUCAAAAAAGAAAACAAUUUCACAUACACCCACAGCGGUAAAAGGAGAACGCCAAACAUCUUUACAAGUUUCCUUACUGUUUAAACAUCCCCAUUACGCUUCUCCAAGUCCCACUACCUUUUUCUUUAUUUUAUUAUUUUAAGUGGGUUCAUUAACUGGAUCCUCCUUGUCUCUGAGAUCAAACCAGUAGAUUCUCAGUAGCAGUGUUAAAGAUUUUUAGGGAAGAGUGAUGGCGGGGUACAGACCAGAAGAUGAUUAUGAUUACCUCUUCAAGUUGGUAUUGAUAGGGGACUCAGGGGUGGGCAAGUCUAACUUGCUUUCAAGAUUCACCCGGAAUGAGUUCAGCCUUGAAUCCAAGUCCACAAUUGGAGUUGAGUUUGCCACCCGAAGCUUGCCCGUUGAUGGUAAAGUCAUCAAGGCUCAGAUUUGGGACACUGCUGGCCAAGAAAGGUACCGUGCCAUAACCAGUGCCUACUACCGUGGUGCUGUUGGUGCCUUACUAGUUUACGAUGUCACUAGGCAUUCCACAUUUGAAAACGUUGAGAGAUGGUUGCGUGAGUUGAGGGAUCACACCGAUCCCAGCAUUGUCGUCAUGCUCAUUGGCAACAAGUCUGACCUUCGGCAUCUGGUGGCUGUCUCAACCGAGGAUGGGAAAUCGUUUGCUGAGAGGGAAUCCCUCUACUUCAUGGAAACUUCGGCUCUUGAAUCUAUUAAUGUGGACAGUGCAUUCUCAGAGGUUCUCACUCAGAUAUAUCGUAACGUGAGCAAAAAGAGCAUGGAGACGGGUGAAGAUGGUGGCGCAUCAAAUGUCCCAACUAAGGGCGAGAAAAUCGAUGUUGGUAAAGAUGUAUCAGCCAUGAAUAGAGUCGGGUGCUGCUCGUCAUAGGUUCUUGAAUCAUUCAUAUGACGCCGGGGAGUUGUUUGCGUUCGCUGCGUCUAUUCGAUCAUUGUGUGGUGUAAAAUUUUGCCUCUGGAGAUACUGGAAGGCAUAGACAACUCUAUUUCUGACAUUCUUUUACUUGUAUUGUUUUCAUCUUACUCGAAAUAGUUUGUAGAUGCAAUACAAAUUCACAAAGUUCUGAAUCAGACACCACAUUCGCUUGUUGCA